CGGUCCACCCCCCCCUCCCCGUGGGCGCGCGCUUCCACAUCUCUCUCCCCCGCCCCACUCCGGCCCCGGCGCGAGGAUGGCGACUCCGGACCAGAAGUCCCCGAACGUUCUGCUGCAGAACCUGUGCUGCCGGAUUCUGGGCAAGAGCGAAGCUGAUGCAGCCCAACAGUUUCAAUAUGCAGUUCGAGUUAUUGGUAGCAACUUUGCCCCAACAGUCGAAAGAGAUGAAUUUCUAGUGGCUGAAAAAAUCAAGAAAGAACUUGUUCGACAAAGAAGGGAAGCAGAUGCUGCGUUGUUUUCAGAGCUCCACAGGAAACUCCAUUCACAGGGAGUUUUGAAAAAUAAAUGGUCAAUACUCUACCUCCUGCUUAGUCUCAGUGAAGAUCCAAGAAAGCAACCAAAUAAGGUUUCUAGUUAUGCCGCACUAUUUGCUCAAGCGUUACCAAGAGAUGCCCAUUCAACUCCUUACUAUUAUGCCAGACCUCAGAGUCUCCCACUGAAUUACCAAGAUCGGAAUACUCAGUCUGCACAAAGUUCUGGCAGUAUGGGAAGCAGUGGAAUCAGCAGCAUAAGCAUGUAUGCCCUGAAUGGUCCAACACCCACACCACAGUCUCUCCUUCCAGGACAAUCUUAUCAAGCCACAGGAGUAGGGGAUUGCUUUCGACAGCAGAUGGGGUCACGUCUUGCAUGGACAUUAACUGCAAAUCAGCCUUCUUUACAAACCACUACCUCAAAAGGCCUGCCAAACACUGUUUCUCGUAACGUGACUAGAUUAAGAAGAGAUGCAGAUACGAGUGGUGCUAUAGAAAUAACUGAAGCAGCCCUUGUAAGAGAUAUUUUAUACGUCUUCCAGGGAAUAGAUGGCAAAUACAUCAAAAUGAGCAAUUCUGAAAAUUGCUAUAAAGUUGAAGGAAAGGCAAACCUAACCAGAUCUUUGAGAGAUACGACAAUAAGACUUGCUGAGUUAGGAUGGCUGCAUAAUAAAAUUAGAAAAUACACUGACCAGAGGAGUUUAGACCGAGCGUUUGGACUUGUAGGUCAGAGCUUUUGUGCUGCUUUACAUCAAGAACUUAAAGAGUACUACAGACUACUCUCUGUUUUACACUCCCAGCUUCAGUUAGAGGAUGAUCAAGGUGUAAAUUUGGGACUUGAAAGCAGCUUAACACUUCGUCGUCUCCUAGUCUGGACAUAUGAUCCUAAAAUAAGGUUGAAGACCCUUGCAGCACUGGUUGAUCACUGUCAAGGAAGGAAAGGUGGUGAACUAGCGUCAGCAGUCCAUGCCUAUACUAAAACGGGAGAUCCAUAUAUGAGAUCUCUAGUACAACAUAUUCUCAGUUUGGUGUCGCAUCCUGUUUUGAAUUUUCUUUACCGUUGGAUAUAUGAUGGAGAACUGGAAGAUACAUACCAUGAAUUUUUUGUAGCUUCAGAUCCUACAGUUAAAACUGAUCGGCUGUGGCAUGACAAGUAUACUUUAAGAAAAUCUAUGAUUCCUUCUUUCAUUACAAUGGACCAGUCCAGGAAGGUUCUUCUGAUAGGAAAAUCUAUUAAUUUCUUGCAUCAAGUUUGUCAUGAUCAAACACCAACUGCAAAGAUGAUAGCUGUGACAAAGCCCACAGAGUCUCCAAAAGAUGCUGCAGACUUAUUCACAGAUUUGGAAAAUGCAUUUCAGGGAAAAAUUGAUGCAGCUUAUUUUGAGACCAGCAAAUACUUAUUGGAUGUUCUUAAUAAAAAGUACAGUUUAUUGGAGCACAUGCAGGCUAUGCGGCGAUAUUUACUUCUUGGUCAAGGAGAUUUUAUAAGGCAUUUAAUGGACUUGCUUAAACCCGAGCUUGUCCGUCCAGCUACCACUUUGUAUCAGCAUAACUUGACAGGAAUUCUUGAAACUGCUGUCAGGGCAACUAAUGCACAGUUUGACAGUCCUGAAAUCCUUAAACGACUGGAUGUUAGACUUCUGGAGGUAUCUCCAGGUGAUACUGGAUGGGAUGUGUUCAGCCUGGACUAUCAUGUUGAUGGACCAAUUGCAACUGUGUUUACUAGGGAAUGCAUGAGUCACUAUCUAAGGGUGUUUAACUUUCUUUGGCGAGCUAAGCGGAUGGAAUAUAUCCUUACUGACAUACGGAAAGGACAUAUGUGCAAUGCCAAGCUCUUGAGAAAUAUGCCAGAGUUCUCUGGGGUGCUGCAUCAGUGUCACAUUCUGGCAUCAGAAAUGGUCCAUUUCAUUCAUCAAAUGCAGUAUUAUAUUACAUUUGAGGUACUUGAAUGUUCAUGGGAUGAACUUUGGAACAAAGUCCAACAGGCUCAAGAUUUGGAUCACAUUAUUGCAGCUCAUGAGGUGUUCUUGGAUACGAUCAUCUCUAGAUGUCUACUGGACAGUGACUCCAGAGUUCUUUUAAAUCAACUUCGAGCUGUAUUUGAUCAAAUUAUUGAACUUCAGAAUGCUCAAGAUGCAAUAUACAGAGCUGCUUUGGAAGAGCUACAGCGUCGAUUGCAAUUUGAGGAAAAGAAAAAACAAAAUGAAAUUGAGGGUCAGUGGGGAAUCACAGCAGCAGAGGAAGAGGAGGAAGAAAAGAGGAUUAAAGAAUUUGAAGAAUCUAUACCAAAAAUGUGUUCUCAGUUGCGAAUAUUGACACAUUUUUACCAGGGUAUCGUGCAGCAGUUUUUGGUGUUACUGACAACAAGUUCUGAUGAGAGUCUUCGGUUUCUUAGCUUUAGAUUGGACUUCAAUGAACAUUAUAAAGCAAGAGAGCCAAGGCUUCGAAUGUCUUUGGGCACUAGAGGGCGACGUAGUUCCCAUAUGUGAAAAAAUUCCAAAACCAUCUAUUGAAUCUAUAAAGGCUGUUAAAUAUUUGUUUGAAUAUAAAGAUCCACACUUAAGAAAGAAAACCAAACGGCUUGCAGCUCUGUCCGUCCAUGAGUACUUCAGACAUGUGAAUGUGUGUCAUCAUGGUAGAAAUAUAAAAGGCAAAUCUUGUUUCUACAUUGAAAUUGAAUAUAUUUGUUAUAUUACUAAGUUAAAUAGAUUGGUUUGCACUAUUCCAAUUUAUUUUUUUGAAAUUUCAUAUUUAAAGAAUGUCAUGUUUUGUUGGAGCUUUGUAAGCUCAAUGCCUUUAUUUAUAUUCAUUUCAAAAAUCACAAAUUCUUUUAGAGAAAACAGGUGGUGGGGUAUUUAGUUAAGGUGUGCUGUCAUUAACUUUUUUAAAGCAUCCUCUUUCAAAGCCAUUUUUGUUAAUAAUAAAUCAAUCAGAUCCUGAAAUAUUGUCCUUACCAAGAAAAUACAUAAAGUGUUUUAUUAUACUGAUUUUAAUGUUGUAAUGUACUUGCCUGUGUGAGAACCUUUGUAUCUUUGAUACAUUAACUUUACAUACAUUUGUUUUCUUUCUUGCUUCAAGGUUUACAUUUUUAUAUUUGAUUUACUAUUUCAGGUAACUUCUAAAAAUCAUAUGCAAAAAAUAUAGAAAAAUACUAAUAGAAUUGACAUAAAACAAAAAUACAUUUAAAUCAUUUAAGUUGAGAUCUCAAAAUUGUCACAUGAAGUUAUAUGUAAAUAUAGAUAGACAUGAUUGAAACAUUCUGUGUUCAAAAUUCUGAUGUGUAUUAGAAAGAUAUUGAUUCAUAUAAUGAAGAUAUCCUUUUGGCUUGGCUAUUUUUUCAUUGUAAAUAUUUAUAUAUUACUGUUAGAGAGAAUUUUUUUGGUAAAAAUGUCAUUAUAUCAAGUCAUUUAAGUCUCCAUUUAUUAUGUUCCAUACAUAAAAGUUUAGAAAAAUUAAAACACAAUUAUCUUUCAAAAAUAUUGUCUAUUUCUUGACUAGCUUAGAAAGAAUUAUAUUUUAUGUGGAGGAGAAUAGACAGAGUUAAACUUAAAAUUUUACUCUACUUAUUAUUAUUAUUAUUAUUAUUAUUAUUAGUGUUCUGCAGAGUCAGGAAGUGAGAUCUUAGGAAACUUAAUAAAUAGAAAGAAGAAUGAAAUUUAGUAGAGUUUCUCACUUAGAAUCCAUUUCUUUGUUCUCAUCUUGUCUACUCCAAAUUCCUUGCAAUUAGAAAUUUGAAUUAGAGAAUGAAGCUUUGCAAUGUCUGGCAAUACAGAACUAAAUUCUCAAUGAAGUUUAGAAUUCUUAAUAGUGUAAAUAUGAAGGAAUUAAUUCUAAUCUGAUAUUUAAAAAUAGAAUAGAGAAUGCAUUCUUAAUCCACCAAAAUAUGGAUAAUUUAUAAAUAUAGUAACAUAAAUUACUUUUGAACCUUCCAAAUCUUGACUCUUUAUUUUACCAGUUCAACUUUGCACUGUUUCAUACCCUUGAACUUCUUUGCCCACUUUUCCUACAAUUCCUUUCUUUUUGAACUCCGACAUUGUAUUACUUCCACCAUCCACCCUCUUCCCUAAUACUCCCAUUGCUGCAGAACAUUGUAGUUGGAAACCAUACAACGGUGCUGAGUCAAUUAUAAAUUUGUUAGCCAGUUUCAACUGGCCUUCAUUGCUUUCUAUUAAUGCUUUUAUUCUUCCCUAUUGAUACUAUCUUACUUUCCACAGCAGCUAUUACAAACUGUGUCUUCUUGAGCUACCAGUAUCGCUCCUUCCUUCUACAGAAGAGGACUUCACCUCAUACUUCAGUGAAAAAAUCAAGGCCGUCUAUUAAAAACUCCCUUGACACCCUUCAGAUCACCUCAGCAGCAUCUCCUUUUUUCUCCCUUUUUUGGUCUGCUCUAAGAAAAUCUCCUUAUCAACACCAAGUCCAACUCCUAUACUUGUGCCCUUUAUCCCAUGGCCUCCUGUUUUUGUCUUUAAUCAUUCUUUCUCCCCUGUUUUUUUUUCCUUAAAAAAAAUCAUAAUAUAUUUUGUUUUUUCUUGCCUUGAUCUCCCCCUUCUCUUCUCCCUACCAGAGACCCAGACCUUACAACCAUAACAAAAAUAUUUAAAAAGAAGAAAAUUGAACAAAACCAAUCAAUAAAUACAUUGAACAAAAAAAAAUCACAUGAUUUGUAUCUAUGGAUCUAGCCCUGCAAAAGAAUUGGGAAACAUGUCUUCCCAUAGCCCUUCUUUAGUGCCAAACUUGGUUCUUAUAAUUUCACAAUAUUCAAAUUAGAAGGUAUUAUGGUUGUUUUCCAUAUAUAUUGUUAAAGCUUUAUAUUUUGUGUUUAUGACUCUGCUUAACUCUGUAUCAGUUCAUCUUAACUCCAUCCUCCUCUGUAUACUUCACAUUUGCCAUUUUUUAAAGCACAGUAAUGUUCCAUUACAUUUCUGUACCAAAAUUUGUGAAGCCUUUUAAAAAAACUCCGAGCAUCUACUUUGUUUUCAAUUCUGUGCUACCACAAAAAGUGCUGUUAUAAAUAUUUUGACAUACAUGAACCUUUUUUGUUAAUUACUUCCUUAUUCCCCACAGAUUUUUCAAUCUCCUUUUACACUGAUUGCUUUCCCAUUGCCUACAAAUAUGUUCAGAUCUCCUCCAUAUUAUUUUUUUUCUUUGACCCUACCUUCCUUUUAACCUCUCAUCCUAACUCUUCUCUCUUUCACUACCAUAUUCCUACAAAAAAAUUCUAUCUAUAUUCAUUACAUCCACUUGUCACCUCCUGCUCACUGGCCUCUGGAAAUCUGGCUUCCAACCUUAUCACUUAACUAAAUCUGUUCCAAAGUCACAGUGAUCUUUUUGAUCCAGUGGCCUUUUUUCAGUACCUAUAUUUCUUUCUAUAGCACUAAGUAAUGUUGACCACUCCCUCUUUGAUGUUCUCUGUCUGAUCCUUCUUAAUUUCCUUUGCAGAAUUAUCAUCUAUGUCCCAUCCUCUAUGCAUUGGUAUAUACCAGAUCUGUUCCCUGGUCUCUUAUUUUCUUCACUUUCUCCAAGUAAUUUCAUUAGCUUUCAUGGAUUCAACUAUCUUCUCUGUGUAGAUCACUCCCAAACCUACACAUCCAUUCCUUGUCUCUCAGCGUUUCAUUCCCACAUUGCCAACUGCUUAUUGGAUAUCUCCUUUCAUCUUGAAUUCUACGACUGCAUCUCAAAACAAAUAUAUCCCAAACCAAAGUCAUUCUAUUUCCCACUCAACCCACUGUAACUUCCCUAUUUCUAUCAAGUGCAACAUUAUUCAAGUAACCCCCAAUUGGAACCCAUGAAUCAUCCUUGACUCUUUACUCUCUUCUACUCUCUAUAUUAAACCAGUUGCCAAACCUCCUGAAUUCUACAUCUACAUUUGCUAUAUCUAUCCCUCUUUACUCUGCUCGCACCUAAUUCGGACUCGUACCACUUCUCAUCUGAAUUAUAACAGUAGCUUCUUAAUUGGUCUCCUUGCAGCCAGGAUCUCCCUUCAAUUCAUUCUCUUUCCUUCCAAACUGAUGUUCCUAAAGCACAGGCCUGACCGUGUAAUUGCUGUUGAAGAAGCUUCAGUGGCUCCUCAUUGCCCUUCAGAUAAAAUAAAAACAUUCUCUUUGUCAUUUAAUAAUAAUAAUCUAAGUUAAGUAUUUCCAGGAUGAUACACAUCACUCUCAUGCAUUUUAUACUCUAGCCAGGUGUAGCUACUUGCUGUUUCCUGUUCGGCAUUCCAUCUCCUGUCUUCAUAGUUUUACGUAGACUACCCAAUUCCUGGAAUUUGUUCUCUAAUUUCUGCCUCUUGAAGUUCCUACCUCCCUUCAAAGUGUGUGUUUUGUUAGCCUUCUCACCACACCAUUCCCAUGAAACAAUAACAAAACACCUUUUGUAUUUUUUUUGGGGGGGGGUAGUUUGUAUUUAUCUGAAUGUUGUAUCCUUCUGGUAGAAUGUAAAAUUCCUGGAGGUGAGGAUUGCCUUAUUUUUGUCUUUAUAUCCCCAGCCCUUAGCCACAUUGCCUGCUAGUAUUAGACACUUAAUAAAUGCAAGGCGUUUGAUUGAUGUAAAUUAAGACAAGGCAUUCCUGCUUUUUGAAAGGAAGUAGUCUUUUAAAAGCUGUUAGACACUCCCUUCUGUGAUAUUGAAAAAGUUAGCUUUACCCCAAUGAUAUUGGCCAAUAUCACCUGUCAUUUGUUCUCACAUUCUCCUUCAUGUCGAUGGACUAAGGCUAUUUGCAGGGUUUUAUUCAAUGAAAAUUAAACAAAGUAGCUCAUUGAAAAGAUGCUUUCUAGACUUGCUUGAUUUCCAAGGCCCUGGGCCUUUGGAUCAAUACAUACUCUCAUGAAUGAUUUGAUUCAUAAAAACAUAAGUGUAAAAUGUAUUCAUGUUUAACUAAACUGGACCAUGUUCCUAGAAAUCUAAUGGUGCAUUUUAUUUCAGCAUCCCAAAAUUGUACAUUCACAAAAAUGAAAGAAAGAAACAAACAAAAAAACAAACUCUGAGAAUUAUUUUUAUAUGUUGGGUUCAAAUAUAUCAUUU